GACGGACGGGCAGCAGGUGUCUGGUAAAUGGGAGGAGAAUGGAGGUGAACAGAAAAGAGGUCCCUUUAUAUGGACAAGUCGAUGGCUGUGUAUUGCUGCAGGAAACAGCCCCUAAAGAUGCCCAGUUUUAUGUUGUUGUCCAAGGCUCCAGACUUACACAUGUGACCACAGCAAAAAGAGGCAGCGACGAGCGGACCCUUUGUUUCACUGUUCCAGGUCACGACCGUGUAGAAGUUGUCUCUGUUACAGCAUACGUCUCCCUGAAUGACGGAGUUUAUCCUCACGGCUGUAACGCAUCUCUUGAAUACGUUAGGGAUGCGGCUCAGGAUGCAGCCGAGUACCUUAGUGGAGCCUGGGACCAUUCUGGUCCUCAGAGCUACCAGGAGCUCGGGAGGAAGUUUCCUGCGCUAGCGCAGGCAGCUGAUGAAGAGUUCAGCAGAGGACUGCUAGAGUGCAGAGAGCGAGAGACGCCGCUCAGAGGAAGUUCAGGUGAUGACCCUGACCUGAGGCAUCUGGACCAGGAGAUCACUCUGGCCCUGGCUAACAUGGAUUACCCUCAGCAGUGGAAAAACACAGACUGGGAGCCCAGACAAGGUUCUGAACAUCGCCCCAAAGAAACCCUCAUUCACCUCGCUGUCCGCUUGCAUUUGGUCCACCUCGCUCGCUUCCUCAUUCACCAAACUGGGGGUCAAAGAUUACUGAGCCUACCCAAUGAGGAAGGAGAAACCCCGCUCCAGCUGGCUCAGAGGGACGGACUUCAUUCCACCUUCAGGGACCUGGCAGUCCCCUCAGUGGCUGCCGUCGACCCUCUACCAGGUGUCUUCUGUCUGUGGGCUGACAGCUCCUGCAUGUUGAGGUUUUGUCCAGGAACAGAGUCGGUUUUCCUUACUCUGCGACAGGCUCCUGGAUGCCCCCAGGAUGCUAUCACGCUUCUAAAAGAAAGGCUGGAAGACCACGGCGUUUGCAGACAGAUGAACUUUUUGAGAGCUGAUGCACGGAAACACAAGUGCCACAAAAAAGAGGCUCCUCUGAAUGAUGGAGGUUUCAGCAAGGAGCUUAAUGUAGAUGGAAAUCCGCUGGCGGACAAUAUUUUUGAGGAUCAGCCGACUUUGUUUUUAAUCGACACUGAUAGCGAAGAGGAAAACUCAUCCUCGUUGUCUGUAAAUGGGCACCUCAGUCAGAACAUUGAAGUUCAGAACCAGUUCAGUCCGUGUGCUUCAGACUCGUUACUCUCCAUGAUCAACGGCAGCAAUCAGAGCCUUGCACGGCCGACUCAGAGUUGUGAAGAGGACGUUAAAUUCAAAGUGGAUGACGUGACAAGUGACAGCACGGGCACCGAUGGCAGUUUAUGGGACCCAGAGGACCUUCUUCUGGCCACUGACACCCCUCCACCCCAUUCCCACUUAGAAGAUCUCCUCCCUGCCUCCAUACCUGGCUCGCUCUCUCUCUCACCAGUCGAUCGGGCCCUCACGAGGCUAAGCCGUCGGCCCUCCACCGAGCCGAACAAUCACAGAGACAGCCCGCCGAUGGAAACCUGCGACAUCAGUCUGGUGGCCCUGGAAGUGGACAGUGAGGAAGAAGCUCCGGUGCCAAAGUCUCUGCUUUCCCGGCUAUUUUCAGAUAUUGGCAAAAGUGAAGAGAAGAAAGAAACCCCCCGUCCAGCUCCUGACCUCAGCUGCACCCGGAGCCAGUCGGCCUCAGCAUGCGAGCCCGUCUCCAAAGACUCGAGUGAGGAAGGUGUUCGACUGCGCUCUUAUUCCUAUUCGUACUCAAAGUUCUGUCCUAGUCGCAGUCCCCGGGACAACCACCCAUCAGAAGGUAGCCCUGAUGGCGUUCUCCACAGUGUCAGCCACAGCCGAUCUCUCCUUCAGGCGCUCUCUCUGUCUAAAUCCACCCUGUCUCUGUCUCUGCUCCACCCUGGUAAACAAAGAGCCUCCAGCAUAUCAGAGCAGUCUAAUGAUAAAAGAGAGGUUAGGUUCCGUAAACGGGCCCAGUCCGCUGAUGACGAGGGCAGCGUUGAGCUGGCAGAGUCCUUACAGCAUCUCACCCUGUCUGAGUUUCUCAAAGAAAUUGAAGAGGAAGAGUUGGAAAAGUGUAACAUACCGACCAAGGCAGAGUCGGAGAAGUAUAAAGUCAUUCGUACCUUCAGCUUUCUCAAGAACAGGAUGUCCAGCACACGCAACAAGAACAAGGGGAAAGGGAAGGACAGAGAAGGGAAGGAUAGGCAUUUGAAUGGCCAUCGGUUUGGAUCGGGCUCCUGUUUAGGGUCGACAACGUGUGUGGUGUGUGACAAACCAGCUUCUGGAAAGGACCUUCUGCACUGCUCAGGUUGCACUACUAUUGUCCAUAAGAGCUGUAAGGAGUCUGUCCCACCGUGCUUGAAGAAACUUCAGGAUAGGUAUGCCUUGACGGCGGUGAAAAGCAAGACAGCAUCGCUUCCACAGAACUUCACAGUGAGAGAGAGUUCUCCCCAUUCUAUGAUCCCUGUUUCUGUUUCUCAACCCGUCCUUACUCCAAAGGAGAGGAAGGAGGCUGUGACACAGUCAGGCUCUCUGCCUGGAAGCUUACCCAAUAGUGACAGUCUGCUCAGCGAGAAUUCAGAGGCAGAAUCUGAAGCCCUGAAGCCAAGCAGCCGUUCAGAGGAGCUCCUGCCAACUCCGGGCUCCUCUGCCUCUAAUGAGUCAACCUUCGGAGAAGACUGUGUGGACUCAUAUAUUCACACUUACAGUGACAUAUUAGCUGAUUCUGCGGAGUAUGAGGCAGAGUCAUGGAGUCUGACGGUGGAGCACAAGUUCUGCAAGAGGCAAGACAAACGAGCUGUCAAGAGGCAGGACGUUAUCUAUGAGCUGAUGCAGACUGAGCUCCACCACCUGCAGACCCUGCACAUCAUGGCCGAGGUCUUCCGGCGGGGCAUGAAGGAAGAAGUGCAGCUCGACAGCGAAGCUGUGGAGCGAGUGUUUCCCUGUCUGGACCAGCUUCUCGGGUUCCACCACGCCUUCUUCGCCGCCAUGAAGGAGCGGCGCCAGAGCUCGGGGCAGCCCCAGGGUCACAGGAACUACCUGAUACAACAAAUCGGAGACAUCCUGCUUCAACAGUUUUCGGAAGAGAACGGAGAAAAAAUGAAGCAGGUGUACGGAGAGUUCUGCAGUCAUCACAAUGAAGCAGUCAGCUUUUUCAAAGAUCUCUUGCUGCAUAACAAGAGAUUUCAAAGCUUCAUUAAGCAACAAGGUCAUAACUCCUUGGUGCGACGGAGAGAGAUCCCAGAGUGCAUUUUGCUGGUAACCCAAAGGAUCACAAAGUACCCAGUGCUGCUUGAGAGGAUCCUACACUAUACUCAAGAGGACACAGAGGAGCAUGGCAACCUUUCCAAAGCUCUGGCCCACAUUCGGGAAGUGAUAGCAGCUGUGGACCUGAGAGUCAGCGAAUACGAGCGCCACCAGAGGUUACAGGAAGUGUGUAACCGCAUGGAGAACCGCAGCAGCGCCAAGCUGAAGAGCGGCCUCGCCUUUCGCAAGCAGGACAUGAUGGGGCCGGGUCAAACCCUCAGAUACCAGGGCAUGCUGCUGUGGAAGACCGCCACGGGUCGUCUAAAGGAUGUCCUGGCACUCCUCCUCACAGAUGCACUCAUCUUCCUCCAAGAAAAAGACCAGAAAUAUACAUUUGCUACUGUGGACCAGAAGCCUCCUGUCAUUUCACUGCAGAAGUUAAUAGUUCGGGAAGUGGCGAACGAGGAGAAGGGGAUGUUUUUAAUCAGCGCCUCCUCUGCGGGCCCAGAAAUGUACGAGGUCCACACUUCGUCCAAAGAGGAACGAAACACCUGGAUGAGGCUCAUCAGAGAGGCUGUGGAAAGCUGUCCAGAAGAGCCAGAGGAAUGUGCCAGCGAAUCCGAGGAGGAGAAGCGCGCUGCUGAGGCUCGUUUCCAGAAGAUCCUCAGGUUGCAAGAGAGCUUGACGAGUCAGGACCAGCAGAUCUGCUCCAGCCUGGAGGAGAAGCUGCAGAUCUACACAGAGCUCUCUGCUCUGACAGGGAUGAGGGAUGCUGCUCUGGUGGAGGCGCGGCUGCUGGUCCAGCCACAGGUGGAGGAGCUGCCGCAGGCUGCUGGGCUGCUGGCUGCCGCCCUACAAGAAGCUGAGAGCCUCAAAGCUGCGCUGUCUUCCAAGGCCCGCUCUCUGUCCAGUCAUAGCCAGGACUCGGACUCCGUGUUUCCCGUCAGCCCCUCGGCGCUCUCGGAUCCCGCGUAUGACUCUUCCGAGGACAACGGGGGGAGCCAGACUGAUGCGUUUGUGCUUCAGUCUGUCUUGCAAAAAGACGACAACAGCAGUCUUGACCUUGAGGCUGCUGAGAGUGUCCAAACCCUGACUCAGCUACUCUACAGUUUGCAGGCUGCCGUAACCAUUCAGGACACUUGCUAUGAGGUCCAGAGGCUUCUUCUCCAAGCAAGCGAGCACUCGCCCCGCACUCACUGCCUGCACUUCCACGGCCUUCGCGGCAACACCCUGCAGGAGCAAGAGAAGCAGCGCAACCUGGAGAAGCGCAAGGAGGAGGUGGCCACGGCCAAGCGGCUCGGGGAGCAGCUGCGCCAGGAGAAGGAGCGCUGGGAGCGAGAGUGCCAGCUGAAGGAGAUCCAGCAGGUGGAGCAGGAGAGCAGGCUGGAAGAGAGGGAGAGAAAGUGCCAGCUGGCUGCUGAGAAGCUGAGGCAGGAGAGGGAGGAGCUGGUAGAGCAACUGGAUGAGUACCAGCAGAGCCUGGAGAGGCUCAGGGAGGGUCAGAGGAUUGUGGAGAGGGAGCGGGAGCGUCUGGAAGGCCAGCAAAAGCUGCUCCAGGUCUGGACGCACGGACGGCAGAGCAGCCUGCCUACCAUGAUACCUCACAUGGUCAUCCCUCUAGAUGGGCAUCAGGCCUCUCCUCCAAAUAACUCCAGACACCACGCCGGUGUCGGCUCUGUGUUUGUGAACGAGGCGGCGUUCGUCGGCGACAGCAUCAACAACCGUCACAUCCACCACAAAAGGAACGACCCCAACGCACACAACUGUUUCAACAGCCUGUUGGACAGAUCCAACAACAGACGGUACCCCGUUGUUACGAGCCCUCUUGGUACCAGCUACAUCUACAAUCCCUUAGGAAGGCUACAGCACUCAACCAGUGAUCCAAGCUACAAUGGUGAGACCUGGAUGUCGACAGCUGACCCGAAUCCCGAGCUCCCACAUCCCAGUGAGCAUCAGCUGGAGCUGAGCGCUCUGGUUUCCUUGGAGACGGACAGUGAUCAGGAGGAAGGAAGGGAGGAAACAAUUGUAUUCCUCUGAAUAUUGAAACAUGCGAGACUAGAAGGCUGACACGGCAACCAGAAACAUUUCAGUUUAAUAAAAUUAUAAAUGUAAUUUGAAGAAAAAAAAAGUCAUUGCUCUUUUUGUUGUUUUUUUUCUCUAUGUCCGAAAUAAAGCAUCGCUGUUUAUCCAGAAAGGCACUAAGAAGACAGAGCCAGACUACAUAUAUAAAUAUGCCUCUUGUUGUUUUUCUCCUGUCCCACACAACUCAUCUCUUGGGCACUACAUUUAGUACAGUUGAAACUAUAUCAGUGAAAAUAACAGCUGCAUGUCUUUUUGUUUUUGUGCCACUUCAGUAAAUUAUAAAACAGUUUUGCAGAGUUGCAGCCCAUGAGCAUAUGUUAUCUCCUAUCUUUUAAAAAGAAAUAACUGCAUUUCAUUUUUCUGGACAAAAUGUUGCAGUUGUGUUCCUGUGCUUGUCAUAUCAGGGAAAAAAAACACAACAGAGUGGAAGCAAACAUUUCAAGUAGUACAAUUGUUAUUUAAAGGAAUGGUUUGGGGGCUUUUGAAGCGAGGCUGUCUUUGCAGGUUAUAAGCAUUUCAUAUUUUACUUACAGUAGAUAAUUGUCGGUGUCUUCAUUUUAUAUAAAAUGGAAAUUAGUUGCUCCCGUUGUGAUGAAACAAGUUCAGUCUCAAAAAUGUCAUAGCAGUUUAUGAGAAUGCUAUUUUAUAACCCUUAAAGCUGUAUUCACAUUUGCAUUGGGUGGAUAUUUACUCAGUAGUCUGUUAUUUUCACAGGAAUUGGAGGAAGGAGACCAGCAAUGAUCUCUCUGUAGGAAAAACACUUUACGUUCAGAGUAACGACGAGAAAGAAAUGUAAGGAAGGUUAUAAAGGCUGGCUAGUUAGCCUUCCAAUAUUCUGAGGAUUUAUUUCUAUAAACCCGCUGAUACUGCAUUUGGCUGCUACAGGUAGGGAAAGCAUAAAUGAUAAUAACUUGGCAAAAACUCAAUUCUGAAAUCCAGACUAAGCCUUUAAGGUGGCCCUAUGCUUAUUGGCCUAUAGGUACAAUUUGUUUUAUGGCACUUUGAACAUAAACAGAGCUGAGUUGAAAUGUCCCCAGAAAGAAUACCUUAUUUUCUUUAAGCAACUGUAAUCCUCUCAUAAAUGCUUGUAGUAAGAAUGUUUUUAUCUUGGGUCAAGAUCAGGUAAAACAUUUAAAUAAUCGUGAACUUUGGUUUAAAGAAAAUGAAUACGAAAAGCUACCUUUACUUUGCCUUAAAUGCUAAUGUAGUCUGUGUCGUUUGAACAAUUUUACCACGCAUUUAGCUAAAAAACAGAGUUCUGCACCAAUAACUCACCCUAACCCUGCAUCAAUAGAAAAUUUCAUUUUAUUUGUUUUAUUUUCUGAAAAUUAAAAAAGAAAACCUUUUUGUGAAGGCUUAAAAGUUGGAAGCUAUCCUGAGAAUACUCUUUCAAGUGCCCAGAACACUACAAAGUUCUCUUCCUGAUGCUUGCUGUGCUUUUAUUCUGCGGUUGCACUUGACUAUUCAUGUUGUACAUUUGCAUAUGGUUUCUCCACAACAUUUUGUUUUCUUUAAACAGAUCUGUGCCAAUGCUAUAGCUCUGUCCUGAUGUUUUACACACACUAUUAGAGUUAGGAUUAUUUGGUUUCUCUGUUUUUUUUUUUUUGUUUUUUUUUUUUGCUCCAAGGGCACUACAGCAGUGGCAGUAUUUAAUGUGGUAUUUAGUAAAAUGUACAGACAAUAUGUUCAUUAUUCUUAUUUAUUUAUUGCAUAACAAUCUUGUCUUUCACUGUGUUUUCUAAAAAGGUUGAAUUGUACAUAGAUGUGCAACUGUUUGAAGGUCUUCAUGUCAUGAAUGUAUGUGUUAAAUAAUCACACAUAUUGAUAAAAAAUGCCAUUUGCGAACUCCAA